UACGAUAACAUUGUCUCAUUAGCAUAUAAAAGAACGCCACAGAAAAACAGUAUUCAGUUCGCUUAUUGAUAUUUACAAGUAACAUUUCAUACAACAGUUUUUUAAAUUUUAAUUAAUUUUAUAUUUCAAGAAAUCAUGAACAAAAGACAGUACAGUGGUGACAGUUCAUCUAUCGCAGACGAGAGACUUUUCUGGGACAAGUGGUUUGAGGCGGUCUGGAAACGAAAAGAAGUCAGCAGUACCAGAAAAAAUGACAAUUUAAAUGAUGAAACGACUAUUGGCCCCGAAAGCAGCGGAUCUGGAAGUGGGAUGUUUGAAGGGAAUGAUCAACAACAUAUCGAUCGAGACAGAUCUGCAGUGGGUCGGAUUUUGAGAGGUGCACUGUCCGUCACAAUCGGUGGAGACGGUGACGACGCAUCCGAAAAAAUGGUCGGUGGAGGACAUACAAGCGAAACCGAACGAAACCAUGGCACCAACGGCGAUGACGGCGAUUUUGACUCGUUCGGUGACGACUUUGACGACGUCAUGAUCAGACUUGCGCGCACUAUGCACACGAAACCUAUUACUGGCCAACACCGAUUUAUCAGUUCCGUCAUUGCGCCGGAUGGACUUCACACAGUUCGCGAGUGUUUGCAGGAACUGGACAACCUUAUCGACCGAUACCCGCCGCGGCAUUGGCACAUCGUCGCCAGUCACGGAGACCACGUUCACGUCGCACACGCGUGUGCCUACAACAACGGUUCCUGUCGAUGUCCUUGGCUCCUUCGAAGUACUUUCUGGGCCAAGGACGAAAUACGUCGGCUUCGGAGCAUUACCAGAGGAGUUGAGUUGCGGCCAAUCGACUACGUUAACGUACUGCGGAACCUGUCUGAGGGCACUAAAUUCCUCCACAGGAUUGGUGGCUUCGCAGAAGACGGAGAAUUAUGUGAUCGAUAUAAAUGUCUAUCGGAAAGGAGAUAUGAGCGACAGAGAAAAGGAGGACUACUGGACGGGAGCAGACGUGAGGACUCGUGUGACUUUCAGAGCAAAGAACCUGUUCGUCAACCUGGGCAACUAUAUGGCGAAAAAGAUGGCAGCGGGAAUAGCAACGUCAAAAAACGCCAAAAAAUUACGCAAGACUCUCAAUUUCAGCGGCCGGCAAACUGGCCGUUAACGAUAACACAAUUACUUUAUGAGUAUCCUACGUGUCCCCCGGAAGAUUUUCAUUACAUCAAAGAAUUUUAUCUGAAUGAUACCUUAAAAAAUACACUUACUAACAAUAAAUACGUGAAACAAGACUUACGAAAUUGGUGCGCAAAAUUAGGUUUGUGGAAAUUGUCAGAUUUUAAUAACUACUACAACGAUCCCAAUGUCAAACCAUAUUUUAACGGGUACAGUACAAACAACGACAACGUGUAUUACGAUGUAGAUACUUCUGUAAAAAUUGCCAAUCAAUUGCUACUGCAUCAAUACGAAAACGAUACUGAACAGGUUCGUAAUUUUUUAAUCGAUUUAUUAAAUGUAAUAGACAAACGAGUUCCAAAAUUAAAUACACUUGCAAUACACGGCGAGACAAAUGCCGGGAAAAAUUAUUUUUUUGAUGCUGUAGUGGCUUACUUUAUAAAUUAUGGGUAUCUUGGAACUAUUCACAAAAACAACAAUUUUGCAUUCAUGGACGCCGCCGAUCGACGAAUUAUUUUAUGGAACGGACCGCAAUAUGAGGCUAAUCACGUAAGACAGGUAAAGGAAUUAUUAGCUGGUGAAACCACUAGAGUACGUGUGAAAUAUCGAGACUACGUUUCUGUACAAGGUACACCAAUUAUAAUGUUGACGGACAAAAUGUUAUCUAUAUUUGAAAUGUCUGAGCUCCGAAGUAGUAUUAGGUUGCAUCGAUGGAAACGAGCAUGUUUCCUUCAAGACUAUAAUAAAAAAAUUGAUCCUCGGUUUUUAUUGAAAAUGUUUUAUAAAUAUAAUAUCCAUGUAUAAUAAUAUAUAAUAUUGCGUAAUUUAAUUCUUCACUAGUUUGUAUUGCAUCAUCACGGUCGACGUCGAUGUUUUUAACAACGUCACUUCUAUAUUCAAUUUCCUUUUGAUUAUUUACUAAACGUUGUAAAACGAUAUCAGCCGGAUUAAUAAAUGGGCCCUAUUAUCCUCUUGAGCAACGGCCUCUGUUGAUUGCCGUGCAUUUGAAACCGGUGCCGGAGCAAUGAACUGAUUAUUGAAAGUUGAUAACUCUUCGUAAUAUAAAUCGGUAGGUUUUAAAUUUUCCACUGCCAUAUUUGUAUUUUCUAGUUCCACACGAGAAGCGUUGGAACGAGAAUAUGCAACCCGCACUCAAAGGCCGUUUCAGUUUCAAUGUCCCAUGUACAUUCUGUAUCGGUGAAUUUGUCUGGUACAAAGUUGCAUUUCAUAAUCGUCUUCUUUAUACGGGGGAGGCAAAGCCGUAGUUGCAGUGAAAGUCCAAGAAAGUCUGGAAUCCACCUCCCCCUUGUAUGCAGUAUUAUAGUUAAACAAUAUAGUAUCUAUAUUGACGUACACGGACUAUACGGUUAGUCUAAGUAUACAGAUACCACGAGAGUUUUCAAUAAGAAGGUACCUAUUUUUUAAUUCAAUUAAUUCCCUCAAAAACAACGAAAUAGAAAACACAAUCCAAACAUAUCUAACUUUUAAAAUAAUUUAUUUCACUAAGGUUCCAUUCGUCUUUUGAUGUUAGUGCGAACAAUUUUGGUGCAUUCGUAUAAUUUUAGAUUAAUUUGCAAUGAGCUAGUAUAUUAUUACCAAUGAUAAAUUAUUAGUGGCAUAUAAAUA